GUAAGAAUUCUGAAACUGUUAAAAACGUAAACAUUUAAACAGGUGGUCAAUAGUUUGACCCAUUUUUGGUCUUGUGUUAGAAUUUAGUCAUCGAGAUUGAGAAAAAGUCAAAGGACCCCAUGUAUUGGAUACCAGACACUUACUCCACUCAAGAUAUUGCCUCUGCUGUGAAGACCCUAUUGAGUGGCUUUCCUGUCCGUUUGAUGACCACCGAGAAGGUGGACGAAUAUCCGGACAUGACCGGUGAGUAGUAUUAGUUGUUGUCAGUGUUUGACAAGCUUUCAGAAUUGUCAAUGUUUCAAUAUUGUCAUUAUUGUCAAUGUGUUAGUUAUGCCAGUAGUGCCAAUGUUUUAGUUAUGGCAUGUGUGUCAGUAGGCCAGAAAGUCAACGGGCCAGAUUGUCAGUAGGCCAGAGUGUCAGUAUGUCAGCGUGUCAGUAGGCCACAGUGUCAGUAGGUUUUAGAGUCAGUAGGCCAGAAAGAUGCGAUUACAAAUUAUAAUUGAAAGUGACAGAAUUUGAUGUUUUGACGGAUGAAAAGUGACAAUAUUUCAUUUCGUGACAGUGAUAUUGUAAUCAUUAGCAAUGUUACUCAUUGUCUCCCAACCAAGGUGAACUGGAAGGGUACCAACUUAAAGCUUUGAAUUUGUUUAUUCUUUCAAUGAGUCAGCCCCACAGAGACACAUUACAUGUAAGUAGAGCCAGCCACAUAGAGACACAUAACAUUUACGUAUAGUCAGCCACACAAAGACACAUUACAUGUAAGUAGAGCCAGCCACACAGAGACACAUAACAUUUACGUAUAGUCAGCCACACAAAGACACAUUACAUGUAAGUAGAGCCAGCCAUAUAGUGUCACAGUACAUGUAAAUAGUCAGCUAAAUUUUAACACAACAUAUUUAAGUAUAGUAGGAACGACAAAGCAUGUAAAAGUAAACACCAUAUAUAUUUGCGUAGCGACACAUUACAUUUAAAUGUAAGCCAUAUAGAGAUAAGUAAAACAGACAUACUGUAAAACACAUGGUGAAAUAUUAAAUGUAAGUGUAGCCACCCGCAUAGCGACACAUUCGUGUAGGCGUAGUCAACGGCAUAGGGAUACAUUUCUGUAAGUUUAGCCAGCCACAUAGCGACACAUUCGUGUAGGCGUAGUCAACGGCAUAGGGAUACAUUUCUGUAAGUUUAGCCAGCCACACAGAGAAACAUUCGUGUAGGCGUAGUCAACGGCAUAGGGAUACAUUUCUGUAAGUUUAGCCAGCCACACAGAGAAACAUUCGUGUAGGCGUAGUCAACGGCAUAGGGAUACAUUUCUGUAAGUUUAGCCAGCCACACAGAGAAACAUUCGUGUAGGCGUAGUCAACGGCAUAGGGAUACAUUUCUGUAAGUUUAGCCAGCCACACAGAGAAACAUUCGUGUAGGCGUAGUCAACGGCAUAGGGAUACAUUUCUGUAAGUUUAGCCAGCCACACAGAGAAACAUUUCAUGUAACCAAAGACGUCUCGUAUGAGUGAGUAAAAUGAAUCUUGUUCAGCAUGUGCUGACCAAUUAAUUCCAAGAAUGAUAUAAAAGUCAUUAAGUUAUAUAAUACAGAAAUUAAGCUACGUAAUGUAGCAAUGAUAACGAUGCCAACAACAAAUUUUAAUCUAUCAAACUUUUAUUAAAAUUAAAUUAAGAAAUAAUGUGAGUUUAUCGCACAAUUACAGCUAGUGCUCGACUUACGACCUAUGCAACUUACGACCAUUCGACUUUACGACCACAUCGAAAAUUAUGAUUUUUAAAAAUAAUAAAAUACUUAUGAUGUAAUUUAACUUAAAUAUUUUUUAUAACAUCUCUUCACAUUACUGUACACGUAGCGCACUCAGCUUACGACCAAAUGGUGUUACGACCGGUCUGUCGGAACCGAUCGUGGACGUAAGUCGAGCACUAGCUGUAUUGGCUUUUAUUUUUAUACAUCCACAGCUGCUCCUGAGAACAUUGCACAUGGUUGAUAAAAACCAGGGCAAAUCUAAGAUGAAUGCUGACACCUUGGCUCCCAUCUUUGGUCCAAUCCUUUUUAAAAUGCCAGACAAGCUUAGCCAAAAGGACCAGGAAGCAAAAUUGACCCAGUUCAGUUACCUAACAAAAAUGUUGAUACGUUUUAACAGCAGGCACUUCUAUGUAAGAAAACCUACUUCUCACAAUGUUUUACUUAAGCUGUUCAAUAGUUUGAAUCUGUUUGUUUACAGUGAUACAUUGUUGCUAAUGUUGUUUAUAAAAUUUUUUGGUUUGUUCACAUGGCAUUGUAAAGUUUUGUUUAGAUUGUAAGUAAUGUACCAAUCUUGUAAGGUGCUGUAUGAUGGUGACCUGUAGUGCUGCUUCUAUUUUUUUCCCAGAUUUUGCUGAUCCAAUUUAUUAGGUCAUCCAUUGUUAUAAAUUAUUGUGUUGUGUUUUUUUUUUUUUUUUGCCAGCAUUUUUUUUGUCUGUCUAAAAAUAAUACAGCUUGUAAAAUUUUUCAUAAACAUAAUUUUUGCAGGUCAAGCAAAAGUUGCUCGCUCAGCUGCGUGAGUCUGUAGCAAAGGAAAAAUCUGGCGCCGGGUAAUAUGAAAAUUGGACAAAGUAGAUAGGACAUAGUAGAUAGGGCAUAGUAGAUAGGACAUAGUAGAUAUGAACAAGUAUAUAGGGCAAUGUAAUUGGGAAAUAUAAUAGCCAAAGUGGAUAGGACAUACUAGAUAAAACAAAUUAGACAGGUAACAUUGGAUAUGAAAAAGUAGAUAGGAAAAUAUAUAUAUAGGGCAAUAUAAUAGGAAAAAUGUAUAAGCCAAAGUGGGCAAGACAAAGUAGAUGGGACAAAGCAGAUGGGACAAAAUAGAUGGGACAAAGCAGAUGGGACAAAGUAGAUGGGACAAAGCAGAUGAGACACGAUAAUAAUACACCUUUUACCUUUUUUCUUACAUCUGGCAAUAUUGUUUUUGUAACAGAAGCACACAAUCAAUUGGACAAAUCUUUUUGAUACAUUUUUUGUUAUGCUACUCGUAGCGUUGAGUUACUUCUUUCUUUUCAUUUUCUUUAAAACUCCUUUUAAAAAGAAAAGAAAUGCACUGAAUGGUGUGUUACAGGGGCUCUCAACUUUGCUAUUGUCGGGUGUGUUACAGGAGAUCUCAUAAUAUUUUCUUCCAUAUAAGCCAACUAACCUCUUGAUUGUUUGAAUCCUUCAUCUUGUCCGCAGUUCAAACGACCGUGGAAGAAAUGUGAUGACUGUUACAGCGGCAAGGUGAGUGUAGUCUCGUGUAGAUGUAUCCUUACACUGACAUGUGAACAAACGGUCCGGAGAUCAUUUGAAAUCCUAUAACGUGUUUAGUUUAAUCAAGAAAGGACAUUUUCAGAAAAACAAUUUGAGCGAUACAAAAUACAAGUACAAUAUAGAGUUUUAUUUGAAAAUUGUCCCCCUUUUUAUGCCCCCCCCCCACACACACACAUCUUCAAGUCCCUUCUAAUCGUGCGAAAGAUUAAUUUGAUUGAUUGCGUGUUUAACAUUAUUAAUGAUUUACUGGCCGAUGCGUGUUCAACAUCAUCGAUGGUUUGAUGCGCUAUGGAGACAGAAGUAGUCAGUCCAUCGGCCCGCGUGAUUGAAACAGCAAGACAAAUGGAGAAAAGAUGAGGGGGGGGGGGUGCUGCCACCCCCUCGCACCUCCAUCCUCCGCAUCCAGGGGCGUGUCAUACUUGUACUUUUAUUACUUUGAUCAAAGUUUGGUUCUCUUUUCUUUCAUUUCCUCUAUUAUCGCACACAUCAUCUUCACUGUUCAUCUAUUAUCGUACACAUCAUCUUCUCUGUUCAAUAAUUUCUCUGUCCCUCUCAGUUUUAUAGAAGUUAUUGGACUUAAAAUUAAAAAAAAAAGAUGUAUACAAAUAAAAGUGAUCACCUUAUACCCAAAGGUUUCAAUAAAGUGAAUGCAAUUUUAAGCGUUACAUUAAUUUACCUUAAAAAAUUAUGAUUCCUAACUUUGUAAAUAACUUACUCGUUUUAUUUGGUUAAUUUUUUUUUUAAAAAGGAGAAUCGUGUUUGGUUCUUAAAGUCACAUGAUUGACGCUGUCCUAUGAGACUUUAAGAUAUAUGUUAAUGCACUACUAGCGUGAGAGAGAGAGAGAGAUUGGAAGAGAGAUCGGGAGAGAGAGACAGAAAGAGCUAGAGAGACAGGGCUAGAGACAGACAGAGGUAGAGACAGAGAGACAGAGAGAUAGGGAGAGACAAAGUCAGAGAUAGAUAGACAGGGAGACAGAGAGACAGCAAUUGAGAGACUGACAUGCACACAUAGAUAGAGUGACGGACACAUACGCAGAUAUAGAGAAACAGGGAGGGGUGUAGAGAAACAGGGAGAGAGAUAUAAUGGGAGAGAGAUAGAAAAACGUGGAGAGAGAGAGAGAGAAACAAGGAUAGAGAAAGAGAAACUGGGAAAGAGAUAAAGAGACAGAAAGAGAGAUAGAGAAACAGGGAGGAUGAUAGAGAAACAGGGAGAGAGGAACAGAAAGAGAGGGAGAGAGAUAGUGAAACUGGGAGAGAGAUAGAGAAACGGGGAGAGAGGAAGAGAAACAGGGAGAGAGAUAGAAAAACGGAGAGAGAGAGAGAGCGAGAGAGAGAGAGAGAGAGAGAGAAAGGGAGAGAGAUAGAGAAACAGGGUAAAAGAUUGAUUGACAGACCUACACACUUGAGAUUAGCACUAAGUGAAUAUGAUAAAACAAUGGUGUAAAUAGUAAAAUCAGAUAAAAGUUUUUUUUUUUUACUGCUUUAAAGAAAAUAAAUAAAUGUAGGCUAGUCGAAUCAUCAUCAUGAUAGUCGUGGCCUCCUUCUAUCAUCAUGAUAGACAGUGAUAAGCCAAGUUAAGAGAUGGUGAUGCAUCACUUUGCUCGAGAAUGAGGUCAAUCUAUUCAAUAAUAGAGCUCUGUAUCUUCUUCCUUAAAAACCUCAAACUAAUUUAGAUCUAGAACGGUCGCACAUCAGUCCUGUUCUUCUGGCCAAAGUUCUAUUUUAUUUUCAGUAGUUCUUUUAAUCUUCAUCUUGUUUUCCUUAUCUUAGAUUUAUCGACCUGUUCUGCUGGUUGAUCUCCGCCAUUUUUUUAAUUUUUCCCGCCAUCUUUUAAAAUUUUUAAAACGCUAACGCGGUAUGUCUUUGGAUAUUUUCAACACGUGACUUUGAAUUUACAUGAUAUGAGUGACUUUUCCUUGUUUUCCACUGUAAAGAAAAGACUAGGCUACUUUCCCCAUUGUGAACAGAUUUGUUUUUUCGUUAAAAUUUUUCAUAUCGAAUUGGCAGUUUUGUCCAUUUCUCAUUUGAAAUUUGCGCUUUUGUCAAUUUGUCCUAUAGAUCUAGCAGUUUUGUUCCCAUUCAACCUUAAGUCAGAACACUAUAAAAAAUGCAGAAAAAAUGUGACUUUGCCUUUUUUUCCCAUGAAGUCUUCUGGUGUCAGCACCAUCUAUGCCAAAGACGAGCAUGUCCAUUAAAAUAACCCCUGACACAGUAGCCUAUGAAGUUGUGGACGCUUACAGAGAUAUUUGCAAGUAAGACAUUGCUCGACAUUUACUUAUAAAAGAAGAUCAGUUACUUGUUACAUGCACUUCAUCAAUCCUUUUAAUCCAUAAUUCACAUCAAUUGAGCCAAUAUUUUUUUUAAAUACAGCAAUGUUAGACAAACUAAAGUGUUUAGAAAUGUUAUAUGUAAAAAGCGACCUCGACUUUGACUUGGAUACAUUGGUUUGAUAAAGACACUAUUAAUAAUUGUGUGACUUUUGAUGCCGGGGACAUAGUGGGGAGGGAGGGACGGGAGAGAAACAAGGUCUUUAAUUGGAUAUCGAAGUUGUGGAAUUUCCAAAUAGUUCAAGUAACUUCAGAGAAAAUGUCCAAGUAGUAAAGACAAAAUGUUCACCCUUAUGUUGUUACUGCUGUUCAUAUUUAACAAAAUUGUGUAUAACUAAAACAUUUAUUCCCAUUCAGGAAAGACGGCUCUAUUCCAAACACCAGCUGGAAAAACUGUUUGUUUGAAGUUGGAGGGAAUAUAGGUAUGGAAAUCAUUUGUGUGCUAAUCAUUGGAAAACAAAACAACAACAACAUUCCAUUGUGUUCGGCAAUAUUUAGGCGAAGGAUAUGUAAUGUGCCAUUGUUUGGCAAUAUUUAUGUAAAGGAUAUUAAAUGUGACAUUGUUAAUGAAGCGGUAAUCCGUAAUGGAUCUCAAUCGUUUAAUAUGGGCCUUACGAGGCUUCAUCUUUUACUCUGUACUGACUGAUGAGGCAGGCUCUUAGCCGAAAUGUUUUGUCUUUCUAAUUCAAGCUUCCACAUACCUUGUUGUUCUGCUAGUUCCUCACACAGCUUCCACACACCUUGUUCUACUAGUUCCUUCACACAGGUUCCACAUACCUUAUUCUACUAGUUCCUUCAGACUGCUUGAUCACAGUCCUGCCUUUAUUAUGUUUCAGGUGAACGCUGUCUGGACCCCUUUGCUAUCAUAAUGGAUGUGUACCAGGCCAACCCGUCAGCAGAGUUUGUCAUUAGGCCGUCUGCAGUCAAGAGCUACACCGCUUUCCAUUCAUUAGGGUAGCACCACUUUGUGUCAAUGGAAUGCCACCUGUUUGAAACAUCUUUGCCAUCUUAUAAAAUUAGUCUUUUUUUUUCUAUCCUUUACUUAAAACCUCAUUUCUAAUAUUACUUCGAAUUCUUCAAUGAAAAUACCUAUGAAUUCUCCACAAAAUUUGUU